AUGGCCUAUGACGUUGCGGCGAAGCGGAUCCGCGGCGAUAAAGCGAAGCUCAACUUCCCAGAUCUACUUCGUCAUCCUCCACCUCCUUAUACUACUACGCUGCCAUCACCUUUGCGAUCAACCGAUCAGCCUCCGGCGAAGAAGCUCUGCGUUUUCUCCCAGAGCGAGUUAACUCAGUCGAGUUACCCUGACGAGUGUAUUGGGUUCGGGAAUGUGGACGAGUUUCAGAACCCGAGUUACGGUUUUGAUUACGAUCUGAAACAGCAGAUAUCGAGCUUGGAGUCUUUCCUUGAGCUGGACGGUACCACGGCGGAGCAACCGAUUCAACUCGACGAGUCGAUCUCGGAGAUGGAUAUGUGGAUGCUUGAUGAUGUCAUCGCGUAUGAGUAA